CAAAGGAGUGGGAAAGCUCUCUCCUUACUUGUUGUGGAAAGAGAGAGAGGUGUUAACAAAGUAAGAAAUAAGAGAGACAAAGGCAAAAGAAAGAUGAGUGAAGAGAGAAGCAAAAGAACAAUGGAGACGAGUGGUGGAAAAAAGAUAACGGUUGAGAUCAAAAGAUUUGAGAAUGAGAAGGCAAGCUUGUUCGAUCUUGGUCAUCCUCUUCUCAACAGCAUCGCCGACUCCUUCGUCAAAGCCGCAGGGGUUGGAGCUUUACAAGCUGUGUCGAGGGAAGCUUAUUUCACGGUGGCUGAUGGGGCAGGAUCUGACUCCAGCGAGAAUAAUGGAAGCAAGCAACAUAGGUUCCCUAAUCUUAGAGGGGAAAGCAGCAAAUCUCUGGAAGCAUUGGUGAAGAAUACAGGAAAAGAAUCUCUCCAAUGGGGCCUAGCAGCUGGAUUAUAUUCGGGUAUAACUUAUGGUAUGAAGGAGGCUCGCGGAGGCGCUCAUGAUUGGAGGAACAGCGUGGUGGCUGGAGCAUUGACAGGAGCGGCUAUGGCUGUGACUACCUCGGAGAGGACAAGCCAUGACCAAGUGGUUCAGUCUGCUCUUACCGGAGCAGCCAUUUCCGCUGCUGCUAACCUCCUCUCCAGCAUUUUCUAGAUGUUUCUCAUCAGAAGGCUUUAUAUGUGGUUAUGUGUUAGCUUAGCAUAAAAUAAUAAGUCUUGUCUUUUUAAAAGAAAAAGUCUCUUAUGGGUCUGUUACGGCUAGGCUUUAUCUGAAACUCUAAAGCAACAAAACACAUUUCCUUCGUUCAA